UUCAUUCAAUUAAGAACCAACAUUUUAAAACAACGCCUCGCACGCCACAACAAAGAAGUGUUAAAUUUCAUUAUGCUGUCCUAAGCUCCUUAGGGGCCUUAGCAUUUCAUAGUCUCCCGGGGACUUUAGCAUCAAUUAAUCCCUGAUUGCUUGAUCCUAAGUUAGAAAGGUUUACACAAAUUGGCCUGCGUCGCACUUCCUGCGAGUGGGGAUUUUAGUAUGGACCAGUUACUUCUGCCGACACAGGCCAGCAAUACGAGCCCUCUGAGCUGUCUCUCUGCCAUCUGGAAAGCCAUGCUGGAAUGUAUGAAAAACUCCCUGCAGAGCCUGUUAGCCCUCAACUGGGAUCGCCUGAAAGCCUGGGGCAGGGAUUUCUGCAAGCGCAAUGGCCUGUUGUCGCUGUCUGUGAUGUCGGUGGUGGGCGGCUGCCUGCUGGGUUUCUUGCUCAGGGACUUGGAGCUCUCCGAACAGGCAAAAAUCUACUUCUCCUUCCCCGGAGAGCUCCUCAUGAGGAUGCUGAAGAUGCUGAUUCUUCCUCUCAUCACUUCCAGCUUAAUGUCAGGCCUGUCUGCUAUGGACACCAAGGCGUGUGGCCGCAUGGGCCUGAUCACCAUCACGUACUACCUGUGGACCACCUUCAUGGCCGUGAUCGUGGGCAUUGUCCUGGUGCUCAUCAUCCACCCUGGCAACGCCUCCGAGAAGGAAGGCAGCCGAGUGGGGGGCGGGCCGGUCAUGACCUCCGCAGACGCCCUGCUAGAUCUCAUCAGGAAUAUGUUUCCUGCCAAUCUGAUCGAAGCAACAUUCCAACAGUAUCGCACGCAGCUGGUUCCAGUCCUCAGACCGGCUUCGAGUGGCCGAAUCACUGGCGUUUCACCCAACUAUGUCUAUUUCGUCCCCGACGAGACCAAUCCCAACAUGGGCCGGCCUGUGUUUCUGGAGCUCACCCCCUCACCACAGGUUGACUACAAGUCCAUCCCGGGAAGCAGCAAGGGGAUGAACGUGCUGGGCGUGGUCAUCUUCUCGGCCACCAUAGGCCUGUUGCUGGGGAAGAUGGGGGAAAGAGGGACACCAAUGGUCAACGUCUGUCAGUGCAUUAACGAGUGUGUCAUGAAGAUCAUUAAUGCAGCUGUUUGGUAUUUUCCCUUUGGAAUUGUGUUCCUAGUGGCCGGAAAAAUCCUGGAGAUGGAAGAUCCGUCUGAGGUGGGACAGAAGCUGGGGAUGUACGCAAUCACGGUCCUGUCAGGCCUCCUCAUUCACGGGCUCAUUCUCCUCCCCCUGUUCUACCUCAUCCUGACCCGGAAGAACCCCUUCAAGUUCAUUCGCGGGCUUCUGCAGGCCCUGGUCAUCGCCCUGGCAACCUCUUCAAGUUCCGCCACUCUGCCCAUCACCAUGAAGUGCUUGCUGGAGAACAAUGGCAUCGACCGGAGGAUAGCCAGGUUCGUCCUGCCCGUGGGCGCCACCAUCAACAUGGACGGCACAGCCCUGUAUGAAGCAGUGGCUGCCAUCUUCAUUGCGCAGGUCAAUGACUACGAGCUGGACUUCGGGCAGCUGGUCACAAUCAGUAUAACAGCAACAGCAGCAAGUAUAGGAGCAGCUGGGAUCCCGCAGGCAGGCCUCGUUACCAUGGUGAUAGUGUUGACCUCCGUAGGCCUGCCACCGGAUGACAUCUCCCUGAUCGUGGCAGUUGACUGGGCCCUGGAUCGGUUCAGGACAAUGAUCAAUGUGCUAGGAGACGCACUUGCUGCAGGAAUAAUCGCUCAUAUUUGUCGGAAAGACUUUCAGACAGACCCAAACAAGGAGAACCCCUCUAGCGGCAUCCAGGACCUGCCCAUGACAGAGAUCCCGCUGCUGGCGAACAAAGACUGUGUGUUUGAAGUGAUUGGGGACACCGUAACUGAGCGGCCUACAGUGUAUUACAACAUCUGCCAAGUGUGAUGCCAACAGAACAUCCAGGGAACAAAUAGCAGCUGGACUGUUUGUAGAAUUCCCUGGGCUGCAGGGUCUUCUGGUCCUCAUUGCUCAAGCCCUGAAGGAACCGCUCUUCUUUCGUUUUUCAUUUCAGAUUUAUUUUCACUAUUCGGUAUUUGAGCCGAGUCACUGAAGAUUCAAGGGAUUACCAUUUUCACAAUUGUGCCAUUGUACAGUAUGUAAACUAUGACAAACAAUGAACAUUCCCCACCCCCCCAUCUACUGUUUCUGUAUCCAGCUUGUCUUUUGGGUUGGACUACCAGCUGCUCAAGAACAAGACCCAAGACCAGCGCCCACCAGCGUAAAAGAUAACUGAAAUUGAUUUAGUCCAUGUUUCACUUUCUGCGAUAUUGUUGCUUUGGAAGUGUGACAUAUUUCUUGUAUGACCAUGAAAGGCUGUUCUCUCUCUGUGUAUAUGCACAGGGGGGAGUAAGAACCAAAAAAUGAUAAGGACUGCAAAGAAAAAAUAUAUAUAUUCUCCUGCUCUGCCUGGAAUAUCAUACCCGCACAAACUACAGGAAAUGAAUCUUUGUGUCUUGGAACGGAGGAGAUUACGGGGGUCUUGAUUCACGUCGUUAAAGUCCCAGAGAAUCUCUCUUACUUCCAAUCACCUGACGCAGAAACAGCCACACGUUGAAAUGGAGUCUGCUUCCUUUCCACAGUGUUCAGAUUAGAAUCUCCAAAACGGCGUCUGUUCACAGUAGAUAAGGUGGCGCCGAAUGAAUUCGCUCCCAUGUGCCUUCUGUUGAUUUCUCUCUGAGGUUUCAUGUAGAUAUGCCUUAAGAACCACCAUCUUAAACUAAAAGGUGCAGAACCCUUGGUUUGGCUCUAAAUUAUGCUUAAGACUGGAAGCGCAUUUGUGCUUUCCUUCCUUGGGGUUGAGGAAUCUAAUCCUGGUCCUGGGGAGCUGCAUAGGGUCAAAAUCUUUGGAAAGUAGCGGAAGAACGCUUAAAGAUGUAGAAAAUCUGAGAAAACUGCAGUGAGGGCCGUACCAAACGAGGUUAGCUCAUUAAGAGAUGAAUUAGAAUAAAAAGCUUCAGACUCUCUGACCCUGCUGGACCAGGACCAGGAUAUCCCUGGUGUAAACCAUUGAGGUUAUAUUUUUUUAAGCCUUUUCAGCCAGUGAGAAAGUGUAGCGGAAAUCAAGCAGUUAUUUUUCAGAAGCGUUUCCAACCCUUGUCCAGGAGCAACACUGUGCCUAAAGUGUUCAGUCCAGCUGAGUUUUCUAACUCUCCAGUGCUUACUGAGGACUUAAUUCAUCUGCUUGAUCAUUUAGACCUUGUUUUGUUUCUAAACUUGUUUCUUCAAUCGGUCCCGAGUGACAAAAACACCUAACGACAAGGAGACUUUACAUUGUCUCUCCUUAACUUGCUUAGUGUUAUUUCUCCCUAAAUUGCUCUUAGUACUUGAUCAAUUGAUGAUAGAUGAGGUGUGAAUGAUACCCUGACACACCGAUCCAUCCACAGUGGGAAUAACCCUGCACACUAUAUUGAACAGAUUUCUCCCAGCUGAGGUCCACCUGGUCACAAUUCAGGCAGUACAUGUGAAUGAGGGAAGUUAAGAUGCCUAGAAAUUAAUUCAGGGUUGAUAGAGCAUACUAAUCCCAUCUGACCUUUUCAGAGCUGAAAACAAAACGUACAAAUAUGUCCAAAAUAAAAAAAACUGAAAUCAAUUAGUCUGUGAUGGAGAACUCAUCUGGUUAAAAAAAAGACAGUGUUGUGCCAGGACCAGCCUAGGAACUGGGAAACAUCUGCUAUAGAUUACUUCAGAGGGGAAAAUAAUUGAAAAAUCUAACCUCUUUCUCUAAUAGAAACAUAAACAGGAAUGACAUGCUGGUAAAUAAAGAUCCAGUAAUAGUAAUCUUUAGAGCUCAUACAGGGUCAGUAUAAUGUUCAGUAGUCAUUCCUGCUUAAGGAGUUGUGCUUUGUAAUAGGGAGUCAAUGUAAAAUCAAAGUGUGUUAUAGCUUUUCUUUUCCCAGAUUUUUAAAGGGGCAUCACAUUUCAUCUUUGGAAUGCUCUGGAAAAUGGGACAAUGAUUAUAGCAGGGGCUGUUUUUCAAAAGCUCAGGCUCCUACAUGUUCUCAGUGAGAUUUAGUGUUGCCUUAAAUGUGAUCUUUAGACAUCAGCCAAGAAUUGUAGACAGCCCGACAACAUAGUCAAAGCAGUUUUUCCUCUAUUACAAUGUUUCCCAGGAAUUAUGUCAUUCUGCCAAUUUCUUUCCCUAACUGUUCCCAUUAUGUUGGCAUACUCAAAAUGGCAAAUUACAGAUUUUAAUUCAUAGGGCUGAUGUGUUUUUUAAUUAAUGAUUCUUUUUG